AGCGCUGAAUGGACACGAUGUGGCAUGUCCGCACGCUGUGGUUGUGGGCUGGAGUGGUCAACGCGGGGAGCAAUGGCGGCCCCGUCGUCGUGGUUGCUCCUGCUCUGUCUCGCCGGCGGCGUGCUUCAUGCCGGCGCCCAGAGAGCACCCGACACCACGGGUUUCGUCAGCGUCGACUGCGGCCUCUCGGAGCACAGCGGCUACGUGGACGACGCCACCAAGCUGCCCUACAGCUCGGACGCCGGCUUCACCGACACCGGCCAGAACUACAACGUCUCGGCACAGUACAACGACCAGGCGCUCCUCAGACGGCACCGGCAGCUCCUCACUGUCCGCAGCUUCCCCGGCCCGCCGGGGCGGCGGGGCUGCUACACCCUCCCGUCCUUCGAGGCCGGGACGUCCAAGUACCUUGUCCGGGCCACCUUCAUGUACGGCAACUACGACGAGCUCAACAAGCCCCCCGCCUUGGACCUCUACCUCGGCGUCAACUUCUGGAAGACGGUCAACAUCUCCAGGCCUGACGCAGUGCACACCGCCGAGGUCAUCGCCGUCAUCCCGGUCGACGCGGCGCAUGUCUGCCUGGUGAACACCAACUCCGGGACGCCCUUCAUCUCGUCGCUGGUGAACACGAUGUAUCCGCUGGUGAACUGGACACAGGGGCUGGUCCUCAUCGGCAGGCGCAACUCCGGCGCCACAGAGUUGAUUAGCCGGAGACGGAAACGACAGAUGGCAUGACCCCGCAAGAAGCGAUCGCAUAUGCACGCCUAAAAAGAUUCUGCUCUAGCAUCAUCAAGAAGCUCGCCCCACCCCUGCUCCACGAAGUUUCCGCGCUUCGUCCGGAUGCAGAGCCAUUCACCCCCAAGCGCACCACGCGAUCCACCAAGAGAGCUGCUGGGCCAGGCGCAUCCAAGUCCAGCAAGGUGGAAAACGUCUUGCUGCGAGCACUCGGCCUCGUCCCUGAAGACAUGGUGGUUGAUGACGAGGCAGUUAAGGAGCUUCAGGAUUUGUUCGACUCACCACUCCGCGAACAGCACGUGAGGGUCAUUGCCGCGCUCUUCGGCAAGUGCGUCCCCAACAAUAUCGACCUCACCGGUGGUUCUGAAGUUGCGGUUGGUGUGCUCUGAGCGCGCCCGUUGGUGCUGGGGUUGACUGUUUUCUUCAUGGCUCACAACCCACAAAUUGUAUGCUGGAACAUGAGAGGCUUAAACAACCCAGCCAAGAGGAAAGUAGUUAGGGAGUUCUUUGCUUCGUUGAGAGUCAAUAUGGUGUGUCUACAGGAGACCAAGUUGGAGACCGUGGAUCAGUUUAUAGUAAUGCAAUGUCUUGGACCAUCUUUUGAUGGUUUUGCUUACUUGCCUGCGAUUGAGACGCGUGGUGGUAUUUUCCUUGCUUGGGACUCGACAUGCGUGACGGUUGAUCACCUGCAGUACGAUGUUAACUUCCUAACCGGCAAAGUACGGCAGCUUGAUGGAACCGAGUGGUGGAUCUCUGUGGUGUAUGCCCCCAGGGUGAUGAGCUAAAAACACAAUUUCUCAGUGACUUAUCAAUAGAACUAUGAUGACCAAGUUCCAAAACUUUGUUGAUGAUCACGAGCUCAAGGAACUAUACAUGCAUGGGCGCAGGUUCACUUGGUCAAACGAGAGAAACACC